AACCACACAAACCCACCUCCCCUCCCCUUAAAAACCCUUCUCUGCCUAUCCUUUUCCUCUGAUUCCCACUCAAUCGCGAAAACCCAUCUUCCCAAUGGCUAGUGUCACCUCCUCCGCCGUCGCCAUCCCUUCCUUCACAGGCCUGAAGGCCGGCGCCUCAAGAGCCGCCGCCAUCUCCACCGCCAAGGUGCCCGCCAGCUCGCUCCCAAGGGUCGGCGCCAUCAAGGCUUCACUCAAGGAAGUCGGCGUCGCCGUCGCCGCGGGUGCGGCCAGCCUCAUGCUGGCCAGCAACGCCAUGGCCUUCGAGGUCCUGCUUGGCUCCGGAGAUGGCGGCCUGGUCUUCGAGCCAAGCAGCUUCUCGGUGCCAUCCGGCGAAAAGAUUGUGUUCAAGAACAAUGCUGGGUUCCCCCACAACGUGGUGUUCGACGAGGACGAGGUUCCCAGCGGCGUGGACGCUGCGAAGAUCUCCAUGCCGGAGGAAGAACUUCUGAAUGCCCCCGGCGAAAUCUACGCCGUGACAUUGACCGAGAAAGGAACUUACGGCUUCUACUGUUCUCCUCACCAAGGAGCUGGAAUGAUUGGCAAGGUGACUGUCAACUAAUUAUCCUACUUUAUGAUUAGUUGAGGGAUUGAAAUCGAAAUUACUUUUGUUUGUUUGUGUAUGUUUUGGACUAUGAGCCUAUAUAUGGCCUGCACAUCCUUCCUUUCUCAUUUUCUGGACAUUUUUCGCAUUUAUAUGGUAAAGGUUCGCAUUAAUUAGUUUAA